CCCAGGCGUCCAGCAGAAAAAAUUUUAAUGUUCAUAUUCGUUGACCCAGUAAUCCAACUUAAUUUAGAAAAAAGUAUUCUGACAAUAGAGCCUUUAGUGUCUCCCUGUAUAGGUGUCUUACCUCUUUUGUCCUCUCUCCUCUCCAGCAUACCUCACUUGAUAAACUAUCUCAUUUCCCAGCCAGCUGGACCCUCAUGCCCAAGCCUUCCUCCACCUGACUUAAGCCAACUUAAGCUAGUGCCUGGAACAGGGAGAUGGUCUUGGAGCCCGGAAGGCCUUGUCUAGGAAUCCCCAUGUGCUUUCAGGAAAUCGAGGCCAAGGACAUCACUGGAGCCAACGUUUGCUUUGAGUUUCUGCAGCUGCUGACAACGUGCCAGACCCUGAUGGCACCUGGCAGAGGCUGCUUGGUCCUGGCCAUUCUGCUGGCAAUGGUGGACAUCCGACUUGGUGGGUGCUUGCACAUCCUCAGCUCAUUUUCCCAGGAUGGAAAGCAAUUAAGCUUGAUCUGUACUUUGCGGCAUACAAAAGAAGAGGCUGAGGGUGCUAUAGUGUUUUUGUGCAAGGACAGGUCUUCGGGCUGUUUCCCUGAGACCAGCCUGCGGCAACUGAGACUUCGACGGGAUCCCAGGGAAGAUGGCAUCAGCGAAAGAUCAUCUCAGUUGGUGUUCACCAUAAACCAUGCCACACCAUCGGACAGCGGGACCUACCAGUGUUGUGCCACAAGCCAGAGGCCAGAUAUGCGCCUUCAGGGCCACUUUUUCUCUGUUUUAGUCACAGAGGCAGGGAACUACACAGUCAAAGGAUUGAAGCAAAGAAGACACCUCGAGUUCACUCACAGUCAAGGCACUCCCAGUUCAGGCUUCCUGCAAAAGGUCUGGGUGAUGCUGGCCACUAGCCUGCUGGCCCUUCAAGCUUUGUAAGCCUGUGCCAGAAACUUAAAAAAAAGUUACAGCAAGAUUAGCCUGACUCUGUAGCUUGCUGCCUUUCACAUUGCCACAUACAGAGAAGAAGACAGCACAGGGAAAGAGAUGCUAAAUACGCCAAGAAUCUGGGGAAUAGAAGGUGGGGCAAAUGAGCAUAUUCCUUGACCUGCUCUCCUCACCACCAGAUCAAAGCUUUCUUCCCACCCUGUCACCAGUUAAAAGAACAGCUGUUACAAAAGUGGAUGGUGUACAGUUCUCACUCAAAUAUUGGAUAAGUAUGUGUGGUUUUGUGCCCAAGAAAAACGUUUUCCUUCCCCCUCCUCCAACACAGUAAACAAGGAAGCCAAACAAAAUGAGAACACCAACUUUUUUGGAAGAGAUUUUUAUUUGACACUAGAAAGAAGAGAGAAGAAACAGGCAAAGAUAGGUAGGAGAAGAAAGCCAGAGCCAGUGACUGACUCAGCACGAAACCAAGGAAAUGAAGAGACCCUGGCAUUGGGCAAAACCCCCCCCCCCCCCCCCCGUGCAGCUGAAGGAAGAAACAGCUGUGUGCCAAGCCGCAACACGGAGCAUAAGUGCCCAGCUUCAACCAUGUUUUUGUCCAUCUCUUUGGUCACAUCUCUUUCCUUUUAAAUAAAUGCCCAAAGCAAUAUUUGCAGCCUUCUCUUUUCUCCUAAAGUCACAAAUCCUCUUGUCUUUCUCUCUGGACAGAUGACCUCUUGUCCUAGUUAAGCAAGGAGUGAGAGAAGGAGUUGGGGGGAUGGCAGGAUAUUCCUGACAGGAGAAACUUUGUGAAUAAACAGAUAGGAACACAGACAAUUUAACUGGAGCUAAAUGGGAAGCCAUCAAAAGCAAACAGACACCUUACCUGUGAUCCUUGGCCAGGACCUGCCAAAUGUGGGAGCUACGGUUUGUGGGAAGAGGGAGAGAAAAGGCUGAAAAAGAUGGGUUAAACCCUUAUUAGUGAUGGCUUGACCCUCAAACUAAGUAAGGAUUUUGGAUUUUGUGCCUUAUGGAGGUAAAAAGAGUAGGCAUGGAGUCAAAACAUCUGGAUUCACACUCUGGCUUUGCAAUGUACCAGCUCUGGGUCCUUGGGCCAAUGAAAUUUUGAUAUGCUGUUUGUUUACUUAUCUGUAAAUGGGAUCUUGCCUACGCUAUCUUCUGUUUCCACAGGAUCGCUCUGAGGUUCAAAUGAGAUUCUGGAUUUUAAACCUAAAGCCAUUUGAAUACGGACUCCAAAGUCUCCAAAGCUUUCUCCAUUAUAUUAUGUUCACUUUAAUCUUUCUCUACCGGUUUUAUGUAUGUUCUGUGUUUCUAAAUUUUAAGCUCACAUGGAUGACAUCUUUUGCUUUUUACUAUUCAAAGAAUCUUCUGAAAUUUCUCAAUAUUACACAAUCACUGGAAAUUUCACAAAGAAGCUAUGGAAAAAGUUUCACCCAUUUUGCUAUACUAAUAUAGGUCACACAUAAAUAUCUGCAAAAGGAUACAUGAUUGCUGCAAAAGCUUGUCAAGACAUUCAAGAACAUUAGACUAUUAGCUCUGACUUGAACUAAGCAGAAUAAGUAAAGCAACAGUAAGUUAGAAGUCUCAUUUCUAAAGAAUUUGUUUUGUUUAUUCUGCUUAUCUAAAGAUUUGGUUAAAAUGGAAAUGUGAAAUACUUCUAUCUUGCCUUCAAAAAUUAUUGAUACCACUGAUUUCAAAUAAGCCUACAAAUUUCCAUCCAUGAAUAGGUCGUUUUCUGAACACACAUCUUAACCUCAAUCUAUACGAGUGAUUCACAA